GGUGCGAGAAAGGGGCACACAGAAUCCAUUGAGAUGAAUUUCUUUUUAUUGAUUGUAUACAAACACAGAGAUCAGUGCUGUAAGUAUAGUUCGGGGUUUGUUGCGGCGGGCAAUAUAAAACAGUAAAAUGUUCCUCUUGUGCGACAAAAUGCUCGCACUCUGUGGAGGCUGAAAUAUUAUUAUUAUAAUCAAUGCGUAUUCUGCAAGUGAUGUCGAAUUGACUUAAAUUGGUUCAACGAGAUCAAAUUUGUGUCAGUCUUGUGUUGGAUAUCAACUCCCCGUACAGACUUCUUUCAGCCACUGAAGCUGAGUGAUCCUCGACACUGCAAAAUAAUCCCUCCCGGUGUACCCACUUUUAUUGGGAAUUUAUCAACGUUAAGAGGACAUUUUUAUCUGUGUUAAUUUUUACUUGUGACGUGCGUUGUGUUAAUUUUUUUUUUGCGUUGCGUGUGGAUCUCGUGGAGGUGUGAUCUCACAGCAAAAGUUUCCAUGAUCAUAUAGUGCGGGAGUGUGAGUGCAUAGAGCAUUAUUGCAAUGAGAUCCAUUGAGUGGCGUUACAGUGAUAGUGGAUCAUACGGGGAUGGAUGCAAAUUGGGUGUAAAUAGAAGUACAGGACGCCUUCAGUGGUGUCCAGGAAGUAGAUGCAUCAGAUUCCUCGUCCUGAUUCCCGCUACUCUACUUUCGGUUAUUUUAAUUUGUGUCCUCUUGACCCACUUUGACAUGCCCAAGGCUACAUCGCACAAAUCCCACAUCUCCAUCACAAAUCGCCCUGAGACACAGAAUGAUGAGGAGCCAGUGAAGAAGUGCCAUGUGAUUAGAUUCCGUGUCCAUGAAGCCCUCGAUAUUGGGGAGAAUGAUUUACUCAAAGACAUUCGAACAUCUUUCAUUCCAUCAGAAUCUGUGAUUGUACCACCAAAGUGCCUCGAGGAGGAUGGAACGGAUGACACUGGGGAUGAGGAACAGAGCUCAGAAGCUUCAGAAACAGUUGAGGAAGUCGAUGUGACCAUCCAUACCAAAGAUAAUGCUCAAUUAAUUAGUUUGUACCAGAGAUUCAAGAGAAAUAUCAAUGAUACCGUACAAGAUGCAGACCAGAAUCUUCUCUCGGUGGAUAAGAAUACAAAUGAGACGACCGAGGAGCAGGUGGUGCCUCAAGAAAAAGCCCCCGUGGCGGAUUUUAGUUCAUUUUGGCAAGAAAAUCGUGCUACACCAGCCACAAUUCGGGAAUCUCAGGCACAAAUAAUGCGACAGUACAUGGACAUGAAUGCUGAUCCUUGUGAUGAUUUCUAUCAAUAUGCCUGUGGGAAUUGGGAGAAAAUGAAUCCCAUUCCGAAGGAUAAAUCUGUGUAUGAUACAUUUGAAAAGCUAAGGGAGAGUCUUGAUUCCGUUCUACGGGAGCUACUGGAAGCUUCUGCGGAACAAGCAACAACAACCAUUAAAGCAACCGAAAGUGUAACCCCUGAACCAACAAUUAUUCUGGAUAAUGUUCAGGAUCUUGAUGCUAAAGUACAACAACGGGGCAAUGGUGCACGCAAGCGACGUCAUCAAUUCCACUAUGAGAAUACUGAUCUAUCCAAUGAUGCUGAGGUCAAGGCCAAGCAACUCUACGAGUCAUGCAUGAACCAUGAAUUGCUUGUUGAACGAGGAAUAGCGCCAUUGAAUGAACUUCUUGAGAGCCUGGGUGGAUGGCCAGCAUUGGAUCCGCAUUGGGAUGAAAGUACCUUUGAUUGGCUCAACCUAACUGCCCAGCUAAGGCUCUACAAUAAUGAUAUUCUCAUUAUGGAAUGGGUGGGACCGGAUAUAAAGAAUUCAGAUGAGAAUAUUAUUCAGUUUGAUCAGACAAGUCUCGGACUACCGACGAGGGAUUAUUUUAUUCUGGACUCCAAUGCUGUCUACCUUGAUGCCUACAGGGACUACAUGGCCAAGAUUGUGGAACUCCUAGGAGCCAGCAAUGAGUCAGCGGAAAAGACAGCUUCGGAGAUUGUGGCAUUUGAGAUUCAAUUGGCAAAGAUUACAAUGUCCCCGGAGAAGCGCCAAAAUGUCUCCCUUUUGUACAAAAGAAUGAACAUUUCGGAUUUAAUGGAAACCAUCCCUGGGAUUGACUUUAAGCGCUACCUCAGUAUUGUACUGGAGCGACAGGUGAUGGAGAAUGAGACAGUGGUGAUGUAUGCCAUGGAUUACAUGAAGCAUCUCGUGGAGCUUCUCGCUGAGACGCAGCCACGCACAAUUGCCAAUUAUUUACUCUGGAGAUUUGCCAGGCAUCGCACGGGGAAUCUCGAUGAUCGCUUUCAAGAUGUGAAGCAGAAAUUCUACUUUGCUCUCUACGGGCGCGAACAGUCACCGCCACGGUGGAAAAAUUGCGUGACUCAGGUGAACACAAUCAUGGGUAUGGCUCUUGGGGCAAUGUUUGUGCGACGGUACUUCGAUGAGAACAGCAAGGAAGACACCCUGCUGAUGACGCAGGAACUUCAAGAUAGUUUUCGGGAAAUAAUCAAUGAGACAGACUGGAUGGACCUGCCGACAAAGCAUCUGGCUGAGGCAAAAGUUGACGCAAUGUCCCUCAAGAUUGGCUAUCCUGAUUACAUUCUCUCCCGCAGUGAUCUCAAUGCCAAAUAUAUCGACAUGAAAAUAGAUCCGCACAAUUACUUUGAAAAUUCCCUGAAUGUUCUUAAGCACCUCACAAGGACGGAACAUGCAAAAUUGGGGCAGCCAGUCAAUAAAACUGCGUGGAAUACGGCACCGGCUAUCGUGAAUGCCUACUACAGCCGCAACAAGAAUCAAAUUAUGUUUCCAGCCGGUAUUCUUCAGCCUCCCUUCUACCACAAACACUUUCCACGUGCUCUCAAUUACGGCGGUAUUGGUGUGGUUAUUGGACAUGAGGUUACGCAUGGCUUUGACGAUCGGGGGCGCCUGUUUGACAAGAAUGGCAAUCUUCACAGGUGGUGGAGUGAGUCAGCUAUUACGAAUUUCCAACAGCGGACAAAUUGCUUAAUUGCUCAGUAUGGGAACUACACGGUAUCCGAGGUAGGGAUCCCCGUUGAUGGCACUAGCACUCAGGGAGAAAAUAUUGCGGACAAUGGAGGAAUGAAGCAAGCCUUUAGGGCCUACAUGAAGUGGCUAUCCCGUCCUGAAAUGACGUCUGAGGAUCUCAAGGAUGAAACUCUGCCUGGUUUUGAGAACUACUCAAAUACUCAACUUUUCUUUCUCAAUUUUGCACAGGUUUGGUGUGGAGCAAUGCGGAAGGCAGCUGUUGAGGUGAAACUCAAAACAGCCGUUCAUAGUCCGGGAAAAUUCCGCGUAAUUGGCACUGUAUCGAACUCUGAAGAUUUCCAGAAAGCAUUUAACUGCCCACCAACAGCCCCAAUGAAUCCUGCCCAGAAGUGUAGUGUCUGGUGAUGCGAAGAUGUGACUCGAAAGAGAGAGAGAGAGAACGCACGCCAAACGAUGCCCCGCUGUGAUUCUACUAAUUUGAAUGCAUCGAUCAUUGUGAGCAAAUGAAUGUACGAAAGGAUUGAGAUAUAAAUGACAAAGUUUAUUAGAA